AAUAUUGCAUGCUUUGUGAUUAGCGUUCAAUAUUAUUAUUGUUCUUGAUCGAUUCUUUGUAAUCAGAGGGUCAAACAGAAUCGGAAUCCUCCCAGUCGAGCGAGAUACAGUGAAGUGAUAAUACUUGGUGAGCAGCGAAAACGAGUGCAAAAAAGUAAUAGGAAACAGUUGCAUAUGAACAUUAACGCCAAACUAAAGUUGGAACUGAUUGGACAUCUAGAAAACUAUCAUCAUUAAUACAUACCUAGCUGCAUGUCCUUAACACUUGGUAGAGGCGUAGAGACAUUAAUUAAAUAUAAAAGUGUGCCCUGUUCUAUAACAGCUAUAAAAUUGAUCCUGUUUCAUGUGAAUAGUGUGAAUGCGAAUUAUGUUCAUGAAAUCUGUAGCCAGUCAGACCUUAAACUUUUUUAGUAACUAACUAUGUACAUAUUUUACGAAUUAAUUUCUGCAUGCCGUUGAGAAAAGUCGUCAGUCAAGCCAAACCAAGUCGUCAAUUCAGCUCGUUUUGCUUGUAAUUGUGUUGCGAAUUAAACUGCGAAAUUUGAUACAUAUUACAUACAUGCAUGACUUUGACUGAUCUCCUGUUAUAAGGAAAAUUGUAUAAGCUGGCCGGGCAUCAAGAUAACGCUUUACCCUCACCCACAUUAAGGAAGUCAGCCACUGCUCCUGUGUUAUGGGCGGAACGUCGUCAUUUUCCAAGACUGGCUGUUCGGGAAAUGGAAGACGAGCGAAGUGGAGAGGAUGAAUUUUUUUCUCCAGAAUGCGCUAAAAUGGAGGCUUGGUUAGAUGAGCAUCCAGAAUUCUCAAGAGAGUAUUUCAUCAGAAAGGCCCCCCGAGACGUGAUUGAUAGUUGGUUGGUAGCUCAUAGCAUCGCCAGCAGUAGUUGCAGCAGCAGUAGUCAAGUAGGAGGAGGGGGAAACGGUCCAGCAGCAGCAGGUGCUCAACAUCACCACCUUCCGCAUGGGAAUGUUCUCAGUCUCGUCGCAGCCACCGGGACAAUCGCUUUAACGAAUUCGACAAUCGCUACAUCCACCGUAAUUCCUGCGCCUUCAUCGUCUCUGGAUCACUGCCCGUCUAUCUCCUCCGCUGCGGGGACAACGACGACGACUCAGGGAAAUUCGGGUAAAAGCACUUGUGGCUCUUCCGGGUGUACCACACCUGUUCGUAAGAUAUCUGCACAAGAAUUCGAGCGAGGGGGCCUCAUAAAGCCCAUGGUCACCACAGUGGACGGCACACCCACUUUCCUCACUCCCCCAACAUCAACCACCGACUCUCAAGGACUCACCUCUCGGAAAUCCAGGGAAGAACUUCAGGCACUCGAUGAAAAGGAGCUUUUAUUCGAGUUGGCAAAGGAUAUUUGUGAUGAGCUGGAUACGAGAACUUUAGCGUACAAGAUCUUACAACAUGUCGGAGUCCUCACUUCAGCGGACAGAGCGUCCUUAUUUCUCGUUCAGAGCACGGAUAAAAGAUUUUUGCCUGUGUGUUAUGAUGAUGAGCAGGGGAAGAAAGGGUCCGGGACUCGGUGGUUGGUGUCCAGUCUUUUCGAUGUAUGUUCUCAGAGCACGUUAGCGGACAUUGAUAAAAAUGAGGAGAUACGAAUCCCUUGGGGGUCUGGCAUAGUCGGAUAUGUGGCGGAGAGUGGGAGCACUGUAAACAUAGCUGACGCGUACCAGGAUGACAGAUUUAAUCAAGAGAUAGAUUUGCGAACAGGGUAUAAAACCAAAAGUCUGUUGUGCAUGCCGAUCAAAGACAAGAAGGGAGAUUGUCAUGGUGUGGCACAGGUAAUCAACAAGAAGGACGGGCCCACUUUUACAAAGAAAGAUGAAGUCGUGUUUGCAAACUACUUACAAUUUUGUGGAAUCGGAUUGCGAAAUGCACAACUUUAUGAACAAAGCAGAUUAGAAAACAAACGGAAUCAGGUGCUGUUAGAUUUGGCCCGUGUAAUUUUCGUUGAACAAAGUACCAUUGAAGCACAAAUUUAUCGAAUUCUUACUCACACGUUAUCGAUAAUGCAGUGCCGAAGAGCGCAAGUAUUAUUGGUCCAUGAAAAGUCAAUGGGGACUUUUAGUCGAGUGUUUGAUCUGGAUGGAGAGGACAUGAAUGAUGAUGACGCAGAGUCACGCAGCAGUCCUUUUGAAGGGCGAUUUCCUAUUAAUAUCGGAAUCACUGGAUAUGUUGCGACCACUGGAGAGACGGUCAACAUUCCAAAUGUCUAUGAAGAUGCACGCUUUGAUCCCGCAGUGGACAGUGAAACAGAAUUUAAACACCGUAGUAUUUUAUGCAUGCCAAUCCGAAACUCUCCGGGUCACAUUAUUGGCGUAAUUCAGUUAAUUAAUAAAUUCGACUCACUCCCGUUUUCGACAAGCGAUGAGAUGUUCCUUGAGGCGUUUGCCAUAUUCUGCGGGAUGGGAAUCAAUAAUACUCGGAUGUAUGAAAAAGCUGUAAUAGCAAUGGCAAAGCAGACUGUGACACUAGAAGUUUUAAGUUAUCAUGCCAGUGCACCGCUGGAAGAAGCUCACCACCUGCGAGAGUCAAUUAUCCCAUCGGCUCAGUUUUUCAGACUCCAUGCUUUUGAUUUCGAUGAUGAUCAUCUUGAUGAUUUUGACACAUUUCGGGCAUGCCUGCGGAUGUUUCUGGAUCUUGAUCUGGUAAAGAGAUUCAACAUUGACUAUGAAGUUUUAUGCCGGUGGCUACUCUCUGUAAAGAAGAAUUACAGAAAAGUCAUAUACCACAAUUGGAGACAUGCAUUCCAAGUAGCGCAAAUGAUGUUCUCAAUUGUAACGGUAACAAAGUGGUGGAAAGUAUUAGGUGAUUUGGAGUGCUUGGGAUUACUGAUUGCUUGCCUGUGUCAUGACCUCGACCAUAGGGGUACAAAUAACUCGUUCCAAAUUAAAGCGUCGUCGGCCCUGGCUCAACUUUAUUCUACUUCAACCAUGGAACGCCACCACUUUGAUAUUUGCAUGAUGAUUUUAUGCAGUCAGGGUAAUCAAAUUUUGUCGCAACUGUCCCCAGAUGAAUACUCAAGAGUAAUUAGUGUUAUUGAGGAUGCCAUUCUAGCAACAGAUCUCGCUGUAUAUUUUAAGAAUCGUGGUGCUUUCAUGGAGUUAAUCGAUUCAAAUUCGUAUAAUUGGACUCAGGAUGAUCAUCGAGGGCUGUUAAGAGGGAUGUUAAUGACUGCUUGUGACCUGGCUGCCAUCACAAAACCUUGGGAAGUUGAGAAACGAAUUGCCGAAUUAGUUGCAUCCGAAUUUUUUGAACAAGGUGACAUUGAGCGAGAAAAGUUGAAGAUUGUUCCUAUUGAUAUGAUGAACCGAGAAAAGAAGGACGAACUACCAACGAUGCAAAUCGCUUUCAUUGACUCGAUAUGCGAACCUGUUUAUGCGUCCUUUGCCCACCUUUCCCCAAAAUUGCAGCCCUUACUAGAUACCUUACUAGACAACAGAAACAACUGGACUCAACACCCCCUCAAAGAAGACGAAGAAAACGGACAAUCUCAAUCUCACCAAUCAUCAUCAUCUUCAACAAAAACUUAAAUAUUUAUUUUAAAAAGCUACACAAAACUAUUUAAAUAUACAUAUUUGUCAAAAGUCAAGAGUCUUAAAACCGAACAAUUGCCACUAUUUUUACCUUGGCGGAUCAUUGUUGUGAACAUACACAUUUAGCAUAAAUACAUACAUAAUACAAAAUAAUUUAUAAAUGUUUGUAUUGAAAAUUAAUUUUUUUGUGAGAUUGGAUUUGUGAUAUAUUUUGCGUAUUAGUCUAUCUACUAGUUAACAACAAAAGUGAGACAUUUUAGUCAUGAUUAUUUAGCAUUCGAAUUUUGUGCGUUAAUUUAUACAUAUAUUAUACAAACAAGUACUUUUAAUUAUGCUUAUUGCAAUGUGAUAACUUUUUGCUAUAACUUUUGAUUUUAACAAUUUUAUCUUGUUGUACCUGUUGAAUUUCACAUGUAAUGGAAAUGUAUAUUCUCUACCUCUUUGAUGUUUAUAAUGCUUUGUUGCUUUUUAAUUUGAUGAUUCACAUCUCUCAUGUCAGUAACUGUUAUACAUUUACAUAUACCUGAAACAUGUCUUCUUAAAAUCAUUAAAAUAAAAACUGUGAACGUUACCUGUAAUUCAUA